AAUGUCAAUAAUUGUCAAAAUAAAUGUCAAUUUCGCAGGUUAUAUCGCGAUAAUUUUCCAACCAAACAAAAAAAUAAAAUAAGAAUUAAUUCUAUUGUAUUCAUGUGAUUACAUGAUGUUUCAAACCGCAUUAAAACGUUUUCUAGUGUUGCAAAAAAUCAAGCCGUUUCAGGCGCCGGUUUCGGCACAAAUUAGAAAAAUUCACGUGACAUCGAAUUUAAGGCAUGGGGAAUAUGAAUGGCAAGAUCCUAAGUCUGAAGAUGAGGUUGUGAACAUAACUUAUGUAGACAAAGAUGGUAACAGAAUUAAAGUAAGAGGGAAAGUAGGUGAUAAUGUAAUGUACUUAGCACAUAGGCACGACAUUCCCAUGGAAGGAGCCUGUGAAGCUUCACUAGCUUGCACAACGUGUCAUGUCUAUGUUCCACCAGAUUACUUUGAUAAACUACCCGCAUCAGAAGAGAAAGAAGAUGACUUACUAGAUAUGGCUCCAUUUUUAAAAGAAAACUCUAGGCUAGGUUGUCAAAUAACGCUCACCAAAGAUUUAGAAGGCAUGGAAGUACAGUUACCGAAAGCAACAAGAAACUUUUAUGUGGACGGACACAAACCUAAACCGCACUGAAAUGAAAAAUAAAUAUGUUGCAUUGUGAACAAUAAGGUUAGCUAGCACUUGUAAAGACUUUAUUUAAUGGCCACAAACUGUCCAGUUAGCAGAUUGUCAUCGUCUUCAGCAACUAUAAGUAUAUGUAGUGAUUUAUAGAAUUUUGUAAUUUCUAAGAGAAAUUAUGUAUUAUGGCUGUUUUUAUAUUAUCUGUGCAAUGAAUUCCAAUAUUUAGUAAAAAAGUAAUAAUUCUGUAUAAUUGGCUGCUAAUUGCUAUAUAUUUUUAAAUUAUAUGUUGGUUUAAAUUUGAAAAUCGCUGGAUGUAAAAAUUAUACAUGGAGUUGAUUGAACAAAUAUAUCUAGGUCUGAGUUAGGAAAACAAAUUCUUGAAAUUCCAAAACACAAACAUGUUUACUCCAAUUUUCGGUACUGUUUAAAUAGACAAGGUAAAAGAGUAGGGACACGCUUCAUCAGCCAAUAAGCGCCUUGAACUGUUGAACAAAGGCCUCUUUUCACAUGGAGAAGGUGUGAGCAUUCAUCACUAAGUUUGCUCAUCGCAGUUUAGCGAUUACAAACUUACAAUUAGAAAUUAUACUCAGUAACGAACUUAUAGUGCCGUUUUUAUUUUACUUUUUAUAUUGUUUUCUCGAAUUAUUGUACAUGAAGGUUUCAUUAUAGUAAAAAUAAAAAAGUACAUUAGAAUAGAUUAGAACCUAGGUCCCGCUUAAAGCAUAAUGUAAAUAAUUGUUAGUAUUUUAUUACCUAAGUAUCAAUAUUGUUUUAAUGAAUUGUUGUAAAAAAGUUGUACAAAAAUAAAAGA